UGGGCGGGAGGAACGAUAGGCACUCUAGUUAGUUCCUCGGGCGCGACUUUGCGUUUGACCCUUACUGCAGCCUGUAGCUGCCCCAGAAGGAACAGGGAAAUUCCCGCCAAUUUGAAUCUCAGACUCUGAGGCAGUUACGUCCUAUGCCCGGCUCGCCACCUCCCUCCUGUGACUGAGGGUAUUUAAAAAAGUCAGCUCUUAAAGGGUUCAUUGCCAAUACCCAUCUGACUAUGUUGGAACCAAGGUGGGUCUAAGCACCCCUGGAUUUAGCCUGUUUGGGUAAAGAAUUUCUUCAACAUGUGGAAUGAUAUUGAACUUCUGACAAAUGAUGACACAGGAAGUGGACGACUGAACAUAGGUUCGAGACAAGAAUGUGGAACUGCCUUGUACCAAGAGGAUACGCUAGUUAAAAUAACUUCCUCUGAAAAGGUCUUGUUUAAUCCAAAACUAUAUGCAUGCAGCUCAAGUGAUGGCUGUAUUAUUGUGGCUGACAGAUCAGUGUCACUUCUUGAUAGCAUUUGCCAGUCUUUUCAGAUGCACAUUCAAUUUGAUACUGAAGUGGAUGUGGUUGGUUUGUGUCAAAAAGGACAGUUUCUUGUGGUCGGUGAGAGAAGUGGUAACCUGCAUCUUAUUCAUGUACCAUCAAAGCAAACUUUGCUAACUAAUGUUUUGGUUCAGAAAUCUGAAAAUGAAAAGACUUAUCUAAACCUUAUUAUAGAAAAAGAUAAUGCAGAUGGAGGAAUCUAUCACAUAUUCAUUCUCACAAGCAAUGGAUUCUUUUGCAUUAUGUGCCUCCCACUUGCAAAAAUUCAGGAAGCAAUUGACAAGGUGGACAUGAUUACAGCAAAGAAGUUACAAGGAAUGAUCAAGACUGCUUAUAUUUCUACAAAGGAUUAUCACACCCUUGGUUGUCUGAAUUUUGUGAUUGGUUACUCGAUGAACAACAUCCUGCUGAUAAUUGGGGGUAAAGGUGACUGUGUGCUCUCCAAAUGGGAGGUGGAUCCUAGUAAAAACCUGGUGUCUGUUCAAAGUUUUGCUGAUUCAAGUAUGAUUAAAGAUGCAGUGCAAUUUCAGGUCAUAGACAACUUGUUAUUUGUCCUGGAUAAGGAAAACAUUUUGAGCAUGUGGGAUGUUUAUUCUCUUACUUUGAUUUGGGAUUGGCCUUUAGUUCAUAUUGAAGAAUUUCUUCUAACUACAGAAUCAGAUUCUUCUUCAGUCAUAAGACAAGGGAUUGCCAGCCUUAAACUAAUAAUCUUGACAGUACCUGUUAACAAACAGAUGAGAAACCUCAUGGUUUUUUCACUGCCUGCAAUGCACCUGCUCUAUUCUUUGGAAGUAUCUGAUGUUUCUUCACUGGUUCAAAGUGGAAUUAGCACAGAUACAAUAUACUUUUUGGAAGGAAUUAAUGAAAAUCACCAAAAAUCCCCUGAAGACCAGGUGUCUGUUUUAGUAUUGAGAAGUUUAACAGAAGCCUUGCCAGAAAACAGAUUAAGUCGCUUACUUCACAAGCACAAGUUUACUGAAGCUGAGAAUUUUGCUAUUCAGUUUGGACUGGAUGUUGAGCUUGUUUACAAAGUAAAAGCAAGUGCCAUUUUAGAGAAAUUGGCUUCAUCUUCCAUUGGGAGUUAUGGUCAAACAGUUUGGUUAGAUCUUGUGGAUGAAGCUAAAGAAAAUCUGCAUAAAAUACAGGAUAACCAUUUUGUCGUGAAUUACUGCAUAAAUACUCCAUGGCUGACGUAUGAAACAACUCAGGAAAUGUUAAACUAUGCUAAAAUCAGAAUCUUGAAGAGAGAUGACAAAACAAUUGCUUCCUUAUCUGAUGGGGUUCAAGUGUCCAUAACAGAAGUACUGAGAGCUCAAGCAAGGCUAACUACUUUCUAUGGAGCCUUUGGACCAGAGAAAUUCAGUGGAAUUGCUUGGACUGAAUUCUUGAAUAAUGAAGAUAUUUUCAAGAACAUCCUUUUUCUGCUAGAAGAAGGCAAUCUUCCUUGUGCGCAAUACCUCUGGCUAAGGCAUCAGGCAGAUUUUGAAAGUAGCUUUGAUGUGAAAAUGCUGGAGGACCUGCUUAACACAAUCUGUGCCACCAUUCCUGUAAAAGAACUGUGUUUGUGGUUUAAAAAUGUUGUGAUUCCUUUUGUAAGGAGAGUUGUGCCGAAAGGACAGAAAAUAUUAGCAAAAUGGCUGGAACAAGGAGCCCGAAACCUUGAAUUAACUGAUAAGGUAAAUUGGCCAGAAAAUGGACUUCAAAUGGCAGAGGUGUUUUUUACAAGUAAAAAUCCAGGUGAACUGGGACUGGCAUCUUCCUGGCGUUGGAUUCCCUUGAAGUGUGGUGAUUGUGAAGAGGUGCAUCGGUUAAAGAAGCUGGUGAAUGAUUUACAAGAAUUGGUAGAUCUCUACAGAAAGUACAGCUGCAAACUAGCGCUUUGUGAUUUUGAAAAGGAGAAUGCAAGUACAAUAGUAUUCCGCAUGUUUGAUAAAGUUUUGGCACCAGAGGUCAUUCCAUCCAUUUUGGAGAAAUUUAUAAAGCCAUACAUACGGGAACAUAAUCUACAACAGGAUGAACUUCUCUUGCAGUAUAUAAAGGACUUGCUAGAACGUUGUUGUACACGAUCUACAUCAGUGUUUGAAACUGCGUGGGAGGCAAAGGCAAUAGCUGUCAUUGGCUGCAUAUCUGAUACAGAUCUGAUAUUUGAUGCAGUACUGCAGGUAAUGCAUGGUGCUGUGGUGCCUUGGAGUGCCGCUGUGGAGCAGUUGGUGAAGCAGCAUUUGGAAAUGAAACAUGUCAAAGUGAAGUUAUUGCAGGAAAGUUCCAGAUUGAUGGAGAUGAAGAAGCUGUUACGGGGCUAUGGAAUAAGAGAUACUAAUCUUUUAAAGGACAAACAGAUGAUAAUGAGACUCGUGAAAUACAUUCUUAAACAAGAUACCCCUACUUCUUUGGAAGAUGCUUUGAACAUUGUAGCAGCAUACAUGUUGCCAAGUGUGGAAGUCUAUAUUUUGAGGAUGGUGAACCUGAUUGAUCGAGAUAGGGAAGAGGAAUCUCUAAACUUAUUAAAAUCUCUGCCUCUUGCUGAAGCUGAGAAAGUUGCAGAGAGAUUGUCUAUAUGGGCACGACUGGUAUUACAGAAAGAAGCAGAUAAUUCUGAAGAGCGCAAAACACAAAUGUGUAUAACAAAGACACUUGUGGAGGUUCUUAAAUUCCUGCUUAGCAUUCAGAAAGAAAAUCCUCUGAAGGAAGAUGAAUGUAAAGCAAACUUAAAAAUGUUUGAAACACUUGCUAGCUUGCAGGAGGACUUUGAUAUCUUUAUUUCAGUCAAGGAUUAUGGGAAUCAUUUGUUGAUGUCUCAGCUCCUUGAAGAGCACAUAAAAGCCUAUGAAAAUAUCCAAUCCAUGGCAAAAUCUAAAAAAAUGCAAGCAACAAAUUCCAAAGAUGAUAGUAAAACAAAGAACCGUUCCACUGAAUCGAGACUUUACAGAUUAGCUUUGCUUCUGCAAAGGACAGAGCAAGAGUUGGGGGCAAAGCUGGCACUGAGGUCAUUAGAUGCUGGAAAAAUUGAAGAGGCACUAAAGAUAUGCAGAGAUUUAUAUGAACAUCACUGUAAUGAACAAACAGGGAAGUUGCUGUUUUUAGCUUGCCAAAAGCUUUGUCAUAUGUUGGGAGCUGAUGUUCCAAUGAUCACACCUAAAGGACUGAACUUUCCAGCCAUGAUAAAUGAGAUGGCGUGCCAAGCAGCUACAAUAUGCAGUCCAGAUCUGUUAUUAGAUUCUCUGGAGCUAUGUAAAUAUACAUUGGCUGCUAAGGAAAUUUACGGGCAAUGCCAAAUAGAAAACUAUGGAUUUAUAGCAAAGGCAGCAUCUUUUGGAGCUGAUAAAGAUCCUUAUGAAGAAUGGACUUAUGAUGAUUUCUUUAGUGAAGAUGGAAUAGUUCUUGAUCCACAGAUGGCGCUCCCAGUUGCAUAUGAAACUAUUUCUUCCCUUGUGCCUGUUGCUGAUAACAAGAUGUAUCCUUUGGACUCUGUAAGCUUGGCAAACUGUCCAUUUAUUAAAGGACAGAACCUCCUGUUGCCAGUCAAAACGCCCAUCUGUGCGCUGCUUCAGAACCUAAUGGAAUGCGGUCAGUGUGAGUUAGCCUUGCGACUAAUAGUCUGUCUGUUUGGAUCCUGUCUUCAACACUGUGUAUCAAACAACAUGGAUAUGUGCCUGGGUGAGAAGUUACAUGAGGGCAAAAUGCUAGCUGAUGCCAAAAGCUUUCUUAUUGCUAUGAAACAAAAGUCCACUUCAGUGAUUGUCGCUGCUGUCCUGGCCUUAUUACACAAGGUUUUCAACUGUCGUUUGAUAGAUCAUAACCUGGCAUUGGGUUACUGCACAAUUUUGCCCAAGGAAGAUAUGUUUGAAAAUCUCUGGAAUGUCAUAAACAACACAAGACACAAUUACAACAAAAUUCUGGCAGUAGCUCUGGUUGGAGCGCAGCUUGCUAGUCACUAUGGUGAAGCAGGAGAGAGACAAAAAUUUGAGGAAUUAAUUACUGAUGCAGAGUGGGGUAUCCAGUUUAGUAAACUUGGUAUUUCUUUCCAGACUGUAUUUAGGCAGCCAUCAAUAAGAAAGAAAGAACUCAUAAGAACCCUGGUACAGAAUCCAAAUGUAAACACAGACCUUAUAUUGAAAUACUGCAGAACUUUCAUGUUGGACAGUGAUGCAGCACUGCAGCUUUGCAUUGAAACACUCCUUCUCCAGAGUGCUAAUGCAAAUCAAGUUGAAGGAGACUCUGCAGGGAAUACUGUGAAGCAGCCUCAUUCCACACUACUGGCCAAAUCAGUAAAAAUAAUUCCUUUACUGAAAAGCACAAAAGACCUGGUCAUUAGCCUCAGUGGAAUACUGCACAAGCUUGAUCCAUAUGAUUAUGAAACUAUAGAAAAUGUCCUGAGAGUGAUACAAAGAGCUGAUGAAAAUAACACACAUAUCCAGCUUAAUCAGGCUUUGAGCUUAUUGAAACACCUGGAAUCCUAUAAAAGAACUUCCCCUCCUGUGGAUCUGGAACACCAAUAUAUUUUAGAGCAUGUGAUUUCCCUGUCUCCAGCUGCUCAAACCAGGCUUCCUUUUCAUUUGAUAUUCUUUAGAACCACGCAGUGUUUCUGGAGUAUUAUAUCUGCAGAGCUUACUGAGGAGUCCUUUCCAACUCUUCUCUUGAUUUCCAAACUAAUGAAGGUUUCACUGGAUACUCUAUAUAUGUCGGCAGCCAGGCAUGUCUUUGAAAAAAAAUUGAAGCCAAAAGUAUUUAAAAUGACAAAAGCUGGAUGUUCAUCAGUGAUUAACAAGGAAACUACUAAAACAGUGCAAACCAUUCAAUCCUACCUGCUAUCCAUAGUUAAUCCAGAAUGGGCUGUAGCUAUUGCUCACAAGAUUGCGCAAGAACUUCCAACAGGGCCUGACCAGAUUCAGGCAUUGAAAUUCUGUCUCUAUUUAGCUGAGAAAUGGCUAACGAAUACUACAACCCAGGAUGAAUCGCAUGAAAAAGCUGAAGUACUGCUGAAGAAGUUACGUAUGCAGUACAAGAGAUCAGCCACAGAAACUGUGCUAAUAACCCACAAAUUAAGCACUGCAGAGCAUCUGAAACUUACUGGAAAGCCAGCAAAUCUUAUUGCUUUACUCUAUGAGCACAGCAGCAUAAACCAAAGGAUUCAAAAUCCAACCAGCCGAGAUUAUCCAGAUAUUCAUGCAGCAGCUAAGGAAAUAGCUGAAAUUAACAACUUGGAUAUGAACAAAAUCUGGGAUAAAUUGCUUGAAAAAUGGCUAUGUCCAAAUAUACCAACAGAUGAAAAAACUCAAAGUUUUGGGGAUGUACAGGAAGAUGAAGAACUCAGGAGAGUUAUAUAUCUACUUCAACCACGUCCAAUGGAUUACAGCUCAAGAAUGCUUUUUGCAAUUACAACAUCUGCCACAUCUCCUAUUGGUGUGAACCAGUUGACAUUUGCCCAGAGAAGCAGAGCUCUUAAGUGUCUGAUCUACUUAGCAGAUGCAGAUACGGUUGAAUCACUGUUUAAGAAACCCAUUGAGAAAGUAAAAUAUUUUCUACAAUGCUUCAUUUAUCUGGCAGAGUUUGAAACAUUGAACAUUCCAUACACCUAUGAAUCCUUUCACAGGAGUCCUAAAGAAGGAAUGAUUAAGGGACUGUGGAAAAACCAUAGCCAUGAACCCACGGCUGCCAGACUGGUGACUGAACUUAGUUUAGAAUAUAAAGUGUAUGAUCCUCAACUCUGGAGUGGCUUACUGCAGAAACUACUUGGUUUCAAUAUGAUUCAUUAUCUCAGGAAAGUUUUAAUAGCAAUUACUGGGGUUCCUUCAUUAUGGCAGAUUCCUAACUUUAGCCGAGCUUGGAGAAGUGUAAUUCUGGCACCAUUUCUUGCAGCUUCUUGUCCACCAAGUCCUAAGCAGUUAGAGGCAUGCUGUGAAUGUUUUGUGGUUUUACUGAAGUGUCCUGUUCUAGCUGAUCUAGAUAUACUUGGAAUUGCAAGGCAAUAUGCACAGUUGGACCUUGCAGCUUUUGCUCUGGGUUGCUUGCUGCUGAUUCCCCAGACUGAGAAGAGAGAGCAACAGAUUCAGGGUUUCCUAUCUUCAUGUAACCCAGAGACUGUCCUACAGCAAGUAGAUGAACACAUGAACACUGGUGAGGUAGCAAGCUUUGCAUCACAGAUUAGAUGUUUAAUUCUGGACAACAUCAUAAACGAGAAAAAGUAUGAAAGAUUUUUGAAAACAAAAUACUUCUCAUUAUUGAAGCUACAAGUGAUGAACACUCACAGAGUAAAAGAAUUAGUGGAUUACCUUGCCACCAAGAGCUGCAUGGAUGAUGCAGCAGCCCUAAUUGUAGAAUAUCAAAAACAAUGUGGAAAUCCCAUUCUGGCAGAUAGGUCAUCUUGUGAUAUUUUGAAGGUAAAAGGCUCUAGUUAUCAGACUUAUAGGUUUCAGUAUUUUCUCUUUAAAACAAGACAUUCAUUCAGACUAAAGAACAAGAUGCUCUUGGAUCAGUUAAAGACUAUUAGUUAUUUUUCUAAGUUUCAAAUAUGCAAAUUAAAUCCUAUGCAACAUUUUUUACAUAAAAAGUGAAUCUUAUCCCUAUUUCAAUGCUCCUUUCCCAUUUUCCUAUAAAAAUUUAUCCUUUUGUAAUACUUCUAUUCCUAUAAAAAGUUGCUAAACUCUUGUGUGUUGCUCUUUUCUUCCCCUCCAGACAUUUCUGAGUGGACCAGAGUAGACUUCUGUAUUCCCUUACUGGAAACAGCUUACCCAGAGGAGCAAGUAACUUGAUCUAUAUCCCUUCUCUUCCAGGGGCAAGAUUGUUUCAAACUGUAUUGGUCACAUGCAUGGUGUUUAAAGGGGAACUAAGCUGAAACCUCUUAAGUACCCUUUCAACAAAAGUUACCAUUCAGAUUUUUUUUUUUAUUGCUCCUAGCUAACAGACAUUCACAUUAGUUUAAGUGUGCUGUCCCAUGUGAAAGAGUUAAAGGCUUCACUUAUAUUUGUAUGACCUCUUCUGCUUCCCCCUCCCAUACAACUUGGUUUAAUCUCAGCACUUCAAUACUGGAAAUAAUUAAGUAGGAAUUUUAAACUUCACUUGCUUUCAAGAGUUACAUGAAGUCAUUGCUGUGGCUUUCUAAUUCUCCUCAAUGUCAGGGUUUUUUGCUUUGUUUUUUAAACAACCUUUCCUAUUUCCAAAUCCUGUUAAAAUAAAAUUCAUUUUGUAUAGCUAUAUGAUAAGGGUUUCUAAACAAGAUUGUAAAUGUUAGUGUAUCUUAUGUAAAAUAUUUUGUAGACUUAGUUUUCAUUCAAGGAUGAGCACAAAUAAAAUAGACAAAGCUCAAAUUUUGAACUUAA